AUCAAGCAUUUAUAGGGCGGCGGUUAUUCAACCUUUUUCUAUUAUUCAACGGGUUUCAUUGGUUCUUCCGGACUAUACUAAGAACCUUAUUUAUGAAUAUAGGAACAAGAAAAUUGAACUUUAUCUUGAAAUUUUAGGAGAAGUCUAUCUUAGAUCCGCACUUUCACUAGAAAAGUUAACCUCCUAG